AUGGCGUCAAAGGGCCGCCAACCGAUCUGCUCCAUUGAGGUGACGAUGGAGCGUUGCCAAAUGAGUCACUGUCCUCAGGGUUCCCCCGUCGUGACUCAUCCGCGGCUGCUGUGCGAUUGUAGCGUCUAUUUCGCUCGCUCGAAGACGCAAUAUCGACGGCUGAUCGGUUUCGCAUCCAGUCGCGGUGAAAGUGUUCGCGGACAGUGCGAAGUGGGAGUGUCCGCUGGGGUGUGGUGGACCGCCAGCUAUGGGCGGCGCGGGGCCAUGAGCUCGGAGGAGGUGUGCGGCGUGCGCCGUCGACGGAGCAUCAAGCGGCUCCUGCGCAGCCUUACUGCGGACAAGCUGCAGUCAGGUAAACUACUAGUGGUGACGACGCAAGCCGUCCACUCCGACCAGACCUUAAGUGAUGAAACGCAUACGGUUCUGCCGGUUGAUCACUAUGUUAUU